CUCUGCGUACAAUCCGGUAACCCUUAUUGACACAUGCCCGAAUAAGGACUGGACUAGUUCCAGUUCUAUUCCCCGCCAAAUCCAAUAUGGCGGACCAGUAAUAGAUACAGAUUCAUAACAACUAUACAUGAACCACAUGGAUCAACCCCAAGAAAAGAUUGUAGAGAACAAUAAAAGCAGGAAACGGAAGCAGGAUUGUGAUGUUAAACCUUGCAAACGAUCAAUCGAGGAAGGGUUUUCAUGGUGGACUUCUAUGCUUAUCGGAGUUGAGCCUAAAGAACAACUCGCUUCCACGGCUGUGACCGUUCGCAAAGUAAAGUUUUGACAGCAUUUGUUUUUACAUAACAAGUACUAAAGAGCUAUUUUAUAUAUGUCAGAAAAACUCCUACACCUCAUGCAAUAGUAUUUAAAUAUCUCAUCGCUUCGUACACAAUUUACAACCUUAUUGUUUAUUGUUUAGACUUUUUUAUAAGUUAAAGGCUACUGUAUUAUGUUUAUAUACAGUACAUGGUCUUAUUAUUGUGUUUUUUAGGAUUUUUUAUGAGCACAUAUAUUUAUGCUGGUUCAGUAUGAGUUAUAAUAUUGUACACUUUGUAACAAUAUAAAUAUUUCACAUUAGGUAGGUUGAUUUCAGAUUUUGAUACUUUUUUUUAUACCGUUUUGAUAACGAAAUAGAUUUUUAGAUUAAAAAUACUGUUAUAUGUACUUGUGUGUAUAAUUUUUCAGGAUACAGUAAGCAAGCAUUUUAUAGAUUCAAAGAUAUUUGGUAAAACAGUGAAGGCAGCAAUAAGAAAACACAAGAUAUCUGAAUGUGUGAAAGAAUCUUUCUACUGGACCAAAGUAUGCAAGCUUGCUCUAAUGCCCCUCACCUGCCUGCACCACCGGAAAAACCCUUACCGACAGACUGCUGUGGCACAGGUUGUACUCCUUGUGUCUUUGAUAUUUAUGAUGAAGAUAUGAAACGUUGGGAAAAGGAAUGCCAAACAGUACAGUGUUGUGCAUCAGUUCAGAAGGCAUCUAGUAGUGAAAGUGUUAUAUGUACAUCCAAGUAUAAGUUAUUCAAGUUAGCCAGCUUAAGACAGGUUACAAGUGAUGCCUUUUUGUUCCACUUUACUAUUCCUGAUGGCAGAUGUUUAGGUCUCCAUGCUGGACAGCAUAUCAUACUAAGGGGAAAAGUUGAUGACCAGUUCAUAACACGUCAAUACACACCUGUGAGUCCAUUGAAAAGCUCUGGCUUCUUUGCUGUUCUGAUCAAGAUAUACAAGGAUGGAAAGAUGUCAAAUUGUGUGUCAAAAUGGAAAGUGGGAGACUUUGUGGAUUGGAGAGGACCAUUUGGCCAGUUCACAUACACACCCAACAAGUUUCGUCGCAUUUUUAUGUUAGCUGCUGGGACAGGCAUUGCUCCAAUGCUACAAGUCAUAGGCCAGAUUCUGGAUAACGACAAGGAUGACACUAUGGUGAAGCUACUGUUUUCAUGCAGGCAUUAUGAGGAGAUCUUGAUGAAAGAUGAACUUGAUAACAGGAAAGAUCAUUGGAAUUUCGAUGUACUGUACAUCAUUAGUCAGGAGGACGAUGCCCAAGUGAAGUAUGGCGACCAUGUUCAUUUUGGCAGGAUAGACCAGGCUCUACUUUCCAGUCAGCUCCCCUCAACUCCUGAUCCCAGCGUCCAGCGUCAAUGGUCGAUGUCAGAAGGUCGGCGGCACAUACCGAGUAGAAAAUGAGAGAUGGCGCCAGCAAAUUUGUCAGCGGAUGAUGAAGGGGGGGGGGGGGGUGGUAAUGGUAGUGGGCUAAAUACUUCACUUUUCAGAUUUUAAGAGUUUAAGAUUGCUCGAAUCGUUUUCUUGGCGUCAUGACAUCACCUUAAUAUUUUCUUCAUACAAUCUUUGAAAUGUGUUAAAUGUGUUAGUGCUCAUAUUUUGUUUUUCGAUCUCCGAGUCGGUAAUUGGCUCAGUAUUAGUUUCUGGUAUCCCCAAGUCGUAUUAAUAUAGCCCCAUGGGAGGGGAGGGGGGAGGAGGGGUAUAUACACCGUCACCCUCUUCAGCUUUGGCGCCUUUCACUACAUUGCCACGUAAAACAUAGCAGCAUUUGUGAAGGGAACAGGCAAUUAAAAGAAUUAAAAAAAAUCUGCUGGGUAGGCAUCUCAUUCUUUCCCUCAAUUCGAUAUUUCCUGGGGUUGCCCGGUAGUUGUUUCACGUGUGCCGUUGGCAGCGAGGAGGGACACGCGGCCUUUUGUAUAUCACACCCAUUGCGUCCCUAAAUUCCCUUUUCAAAUACACAGAAUAAAGAAUGACUUUAAAGACUGUCAUUAAAAAGAAAAUAAGGGGAAAGGCUGUCAAUAUUUUGGCACGUCUAAAACAUUGAAUAAGGCUCCCUGAUGUAACAUCACCUACGGGCGGGCCAAUUGCUUGAUGUUUUCAUGCUAAUUGUUUUCCAUUUAAUAAUACUCAAUCACUCUUUGAAAGGUUCUAACGCAUUACACAAAAUGUCUCGACCGCAGGAAAGACUUAUUUUUAAAGAAGCGUCCCUCUUGAUUUAUUGUAAGAGUGUAUUCAGAGACAAUAGAUAGUCAUAUAAAAGGCUUUCCAUACAGGAUUGAGCCAGGGACAAGUUUUUAAUAGAUUGUGCGAAAUUGUUUCAUUUUACCUAAAAAUAUACGCCGGAUAAACGAAAUACGUCUAGAAGCGACGCGGUUGUAUUUGCCAAUAUUAGCACAUAC